GCGCGUGCGCGAAAAGCAGACUUUCGUGGCCCCCGAGAUCCGUCCGGCGAAGCGUCGUUGGAGAAUCCGAGCGCGCGUGCUCGAAUUGCAGGAUGGCGCAUGCGCGCUGGAGGCGUUGAGGUCCUCUGGGCAGCGACCGCUUCGUUUAGGGGCGUUUUUGCUCGCUCCCGGUCUGACCGAUGGCCAGCGGGACGUCGAAAUCGGAGUCCGGUGCCCAGUUGAUUGCACGCCUUGAAGGUCGAAGUUCUCUGAAAACUCUUGAGCCGUGCCUGUUUGCUGAGGAAGGAUAUCCCGUUUAUGGAGACGUCAUCGAAUUCCACGGUCCGGAAGGGAUAGGAAAAACAGAAAUGCUCUAUCAUCUGAUCGCUCGCUGCAUUCUUCCAAAAUCAAGAGGUGGUUUGGAAAUUAGCGUGGUUUUUAUCGAUACGGACUUCCAUUUCGAUAUGCUGCGUUUAAUCACACUCCUGGAAUGCAGGAUGUCGUAUCGAGGCACCGAAGCCACCAUGAAGCACUAUCUGGAGAGAUUCUUCCUUAUUAAUUGCCACAGCAGCUUUCAGCUGCUGCUUAGUCUUCACUCUCUGGAAACCAUGUUUUUGUCCCAUCCUUCCCUUUCCCUCUUGAUCAUAGACAGCAUGUCGGCUUUUUAUUGGAUAGACCGGGCCAACGGAGGAGAAAACCUGAGCUUACAGGAAGCGAACCUAAAAAGAUGCGUGCAGGUUCUCCAAAAGCUUGUUAAGGACCAUCCCUUGGUGUUGUUUGCCACGACUCAGGCGCUUAUGCAGAAGUCACCGAACUUCGGGGAAAGCUCAGAAAAAACUGAGUGUGAUGCAGGUUCAGAUUACCGCCCUUUUCUUUGUAAACCGUGGCGACAGCUUGUCACCCACCGGAUCUUCUUCUCCAGGCACCCCCAUCCAGAUGGCAGCCAAGGAUUUUUAAUAACUACGUGUCACCUUCAGAACGACUGCGUGGUAAAACGUUCCUUCUGCAUUACAGAACAAGGGGUUGAGUUUUAAAAGCCCAGGUUAAUUUUAAAGGCACGUGUUUUUUUUUAAAACAGUUUUUACAAUUUUGUACUCACUUUAUCUAAAAUUUAAUUUUAGAAAGCCUGCCAAUCAGCUUUGGGCUAAUACUCAGAUGUAUAUGGGCAAAUUGAUUAAGCAUAUUAAAAAAGUUAAGUUCUGAAAUCUAAUAAAAGUGGUUACUUCUUAUUUUCAAGCACAGAAACAGAAGUUUUGACCUGGGCUGAGUGCUGAGGUUGGCUUGAUUUUUUUUUCCCUUAGAAAAAAUGCAUUUGUUGACUUGCAUGUAUAGUAAGUCAUACUAUAGUAUAGUAUACUUUAGUAAGUCAUACUAAACUGAAUUUAAUAGGAAAAAUACUAAUUUAUUUUUCCCAAUCCACUGAAUAGUUUGCUUU